GGCUGGCCCAAAGACUCUCUUAGUGUUGGAGAACUUCAUAAAUGGUAAAUUUGUCCCUUGUUCCUCCUACAUAGAUUCCUAUGAUCCAUCCACAGGAGACGUGUAUUGCAGAGUACCAGACAGUGGCAAAGAAGAGGCUGUCCUCCCCCUCGGCCUGGGAGAAUCCCUUUGUAGUGCUCGCACCCCAUCCCUAUAAAAAUCACCAAAAUGUUCAGGGAGAGGGGGAUCUCUGGCUGCUACAUGGGGUAAUUCGUUCUGGAUCAGGCAGCUUCCUUUUCUGAUGAGCUACUGAACUGAGGCAUACAACAUGGUGUGGAAGUGGCAGCGAAAAGAGGAAAUGGAGAAGCAACCACAGCAGCAGGAUGGCACCUAGUGGCGGAAGGAUGGAAGAGUAGAAGUUGCAGUCACAGCUGCCAGAGAUGCCUUUCUAGGCUGGUCCUCCAAAAGCCCUCAGGAAAGAUCUCAGAUAAUGAACAAGUUAGCAGACCUGAUAGAGCAUGACCUGGAGGCAUUUGCACAAGCAGAAUCAAAAGAUCAAGGAAAAACAAUUACAUUCGCUAGAACAGUGGACAUCCCACGGGCAGCAUACAACUUCCAGUUCUUUGCAUCUUCUAUCCUUCACCAUACCACAGAAUGCACUCAGAUGGACCACAUGGACUGUAUGCAUUACACCGUGAGAACUCCAGUAGGCAUUGCUGGUUUAAUAAGUCCUUGGAAUUUGCCACUUUACUUGCUGACCUGGAAAAUAGCCCCAGCCAUUGCAUCUGGAAACACUGUCAUCGCCAAGCCCAGUGAGAUGACAUCUGUCACUGCUUGGAUGAUGUGCAAACUUCUGGGUAGAGCAGGAAUCCCACCGGGGGUGGUGAACAUUGUGUUUGGAACUGGCCCCAAAGCUGGGGAGGCUAUUGUCUCCCAUCCUGAGGUGCCACUGAUCUCCUUCACUGGAAGCACGCUCACAGCCCAGCGCAUCAGGGAGAGGAGUGCCCCACACUGGAAAAAGCUCUCUCUGGAACUGGGAGGCAAGAACCCUGCAAUCAUCUUUGAGGAUGCUAAUCUGGACCAAUGCAUCCCUACCACUGUGAGAUCCAGCUUUGCAAAUCAGGGUGAAAUCUGUCUUUGCACCAGCAGGAUCUUUGUUCAGAGGAGCAUUUAUAAUGAGUUUUUGAAGAGGUUUGUAGAAGAAGCCAGAAAGUGGAAGGUUGGGAGCCCCUCAGAUCCCACAGCCAAUAUGGGGGCACUGAUAAAUAAAGAGCAUUUAGAAAAGGUAAAGAAUUAUGUGAAGAAGGCUCGAGCUGAAGGGGCUAGAAUUCUCUGUGGAGAAGGAGUGGAUUCUUUGGCUCUUCCAACUGGAAAUCAGAAUGGCUAUUUCAUGCUGCCUACAGUCAUUGCUGAAGUCAAGGAUGAAUCCUGCUGCAUGCAAGAAGAGAUCUUUGGUCCCGUGACGUGUGUGGUCCUGUUUGAUACGGAAGAGGAAGUGAUUAAAAGAGCCAAUGGUGUCAAGUAUGGCCUGGCGGCCACGAUAUGGUCAAGCAAUGUGGGGCGUGUUCAUCGUGUGGCCAAGAGACUGCAAGCUGGCCUGGUGUGGACCAAUUGCUGGCUAGUUAGGGAACUGAACUUGCCAUUUGGUGGGAUGAAAGCCUCAGGGAUAGGCAGGGAGGGAGCAAAGGAGUCUUAUGAGUUUUUCACUGAGGUCAAAACCAUUACAAUAAAACACUGAAAUUUGCCCAUUAAAUAUUUAAACAACCGACAUUUGUGCUUACAAGUGUCUCUGGGAUAUACCAAGAGAUCAUGGCCUGCUUAUAAUUAAUUUCUAUAGAAAUCCAUUUGUUGACAAAUACCAACUAAAGCUUAAGAUGCUCAGCCCCACAACUGGCAGCAGAGAAAGUAGAUUCUGUAUCCUACCCAAGCCACAAACCUGAUUCUGAGGGUUCAAGGAGAUCUUGAGGAUUCCAAAGUUAAUUCACCAUCUCUUUCUCAAGCUGGUCCAGUAAAAGGUAUUACCUCACACAUCAUCUCUCUCUCUCUCAUAUCUUGGGACUUAUAUGGCUGCAACAACACUGCGAAUAAAUGUCCCCCAAAAAGGCCGAUUAGUGACAGGGUGAUAAAUAAUGAUGGUUGUGGUCAACAAAUCACCUUGAGUGACAAAGACACAAGCGAGUUAUGAUGUUAUGUUCUAAUAGGAAUAAACAUAUUUGCUCUCUAAAUUGUUCCCAUGAACAAUACGUUUUGUACUUUGAUUGUGUCAUCAGACUAGAACUAAUGAAAUUUCACACUAAAAUCCCCAAGGCAGUGCUGCUUAUCUGUUUAGUUGUGCUAAACUCUAGAGCCAGGAUAUUCCUGCAAAGCACAAAUAAAGCAAACAUAUUUUUA